AGCGAGCAAGCAAGCUGCUGGCGCGAGCUUCUCAGGGGACGGUCAUGUGACCGUAACGUAACGCGACCGGAAAACACCGACUAGCUGCCGCCGAUGCUGCGCUGUGCAGGAACAGAGAAGUGCCCCCCCGGUAAAGAGACGACAACACGCCCGAGUCCGCGCGUUCGCAGGAGGCGCACAAAAAAAGGUUGAAGAAUGGAGCUGGCCAACCAUGGUCUUGUUCUCCUCCAGCAGCUCAACGCUCAGAGGGGGUUUGGUUUCCUGUGCGACUGCACGGUGGCCAUCGGCGACGUCUUCUUCAAAGCGCACAAAGCCGUGUUGGCGGCCUUCUCAAACUACUUCCGAAUGCUGUUCAUCCACCAAGACAGCGACUGCGUGCGACUGAAGCCAGCUGACAUCCAGCCCGACAUCUUUAGCUACCUCCUGAACCUCAUGUACACAGGCAAGCUGGCUCCUCAGCUCAUCGACCCGCUGCGAUUGGAGCAGGGCGUCAAGUUCCUGCACGCGUACCCUCUGUUACAGGAAGCCAGCAUGACCAGUCACGCGACCUUCUCGUACGCCGAGCAGAACGCCCUCAUGACCACCUCGCUCUACGGCAUCCAGAUUUCGGACCAGCAGGCCGCCCUGUCCAGGUCGCAUCUCUCGUCCCCGUUCGAAGGGGAGCACCUUUCGGAUGGCAAGCGGCCGGCCGGAGAGCCUAAGGUGGCGGACGCCUACACGGAGGCGGAGCCCCCUGCGGCAGAGGAGCCUGUCGCAGCCACACCGGCCGAGGGUCCCGUGCCAAACGCCAUCCUCCACGUGAAGCCCAGCAUCAUGAAGCGCAGCGCCUCCUUCCGCAAGCACUACUCCUGCCACCUGUGCGGGAGCCGCUUCAACCAGCGGAGCCUGCUGAGAGAGCACCUGCUUCUUCACGCUCAGGCCUCGCUGUCGGCGGCGGCGGGCAGCUUGACGGAACCCGGCUCGUCCAGCCCGGCUCAAGCGCCCGACGCCCCCGUGCCGGAGCAGGUAACACGGGAGCUGGAGGAGGCGCAGCGCCCCUGCGAGGUGAUCGUCAGCGACGGAGAGCAGCCUCCUGCCGCGGACUCUUCUCCCCACGCGGAGCCCCAGCAGUCCCAGUCGGAGACCCCGCCGCCCUCGGACAUAGCGGACAUCGACAACCUGGAGAGCAUAGACCUGGAGCGCGAGGUGAAGAGGCGCAAGUACGAGUGCUCCACCUGCGGCCGCAAGUUCAUCCAGAAGAGCCACUGGCGCGAGCACAUGUACAUCCACACGGGAAAGCCGUACAAGUGCAGCGCUUGCGGCAAGAGCUUCUGCAGGGCCAACCAGGCGGCCCGCCACGUGUGCCUUCACCAGAGCGCUGAGUCCUACACCAUGGUCAACAAGCAGAGCAUGGAGCUGUGCCCUGGCGAGGACAGCAGCCAGGUUGAGGCGCUCUUCCUCUCCUCGGGCAGGCCGUACAAGUGCAGCGUCUGCGAGAUGUGCUUUUCCAGCCCCAAUGAAGUCAUGAAGCACACAUGCUUUGCCCAGAACACUCAGACCCCCUUGGAGCUGGACGACCAGUCGGCGAUGCAGAUGGACGAACUUUCCAAAGACGAGGGCUCGGACCCCUCAGAUGCCAAACCCUUAAUUGCAUCCAUUAAAACGGAGGGAAUUUUAGUCGAUUAGGACACACCUCGUAGAUACUAUUAAUAAAAUAUCUUUUUAUUUAGUUAAAUUAUGGUCAGUAGUUAAGCUAUGGUUUUUAGUUGUAUAAAUUCAAUAUAUCAGGCAGUCUUUUUGUACUUUUGUACUUUCUCUCAUGUCCAGUAUUACACUUCUGAAGGGAAAUUAAGACAAAGUGAAUAGAAAUAUUUUCUUUGAACAUUUAUUGGAAUAGUGCUUGCACAAGAAAUGUGUAGAUAGAAGUAUACUUUUUAUUACACGUGCUAUGACUUCAUAAUGUUGCUCAACUUUUUUAACGACUAAUUACAAAACACUGUGCCAUUUGCCAUGAGUGUGAGGUGUAGCAUCGCGGACUUGUCAAGCGGACUUGUCAAGCUCAGAAAAGCGCUAACUUCUUCUUUUUUCUUUUUCUGUCGCUCUUACAGUUACAAGUAAUUGUCGUUCCAGAGCAGGGUUUGUCACUCGUGAUUUUUCUUUUUAAAUUUCAUAUCACAGCAGGGAAUAAACUACAGCCAUUGCCUUGUGGUGAACUUCUGUGCUAAUGAGACUGUGACCGUUGGAAACGGGGACUUGUUGGUUACUUUUACAGAAAGGAUGCCGUGUUCAAAGCUACUGUCAUAACUCAAGCUGCCAGCAUCCUCCUCAGAGGCAGCGUUUCAAAAUUCAGAAGUGAAAAGCCACAAGUUGCAGAGAAGUGGAUGUAUUGGACGUAGGGUUUGGCAUGUGGUGCGUUUACCGAAUGAGCAGCGAGAAGAAAUGCAAGACGGUAGGAAGCAAGCUAAACAUUUUUUUUUUUUUUUUUUGUCCAAAUUGGGUAGAAAUUGAGCAAAACCGGAGGUUUGCGGUCUAAAUAAUGUGAAAAACGGACGAGACUCUUAGAGAAGGCCUGUUUUCGGCUGUUGCGCCAUGUACAUUUGGACACACGGGUCCUACAUGGUACAGGCUUUAACUCCAGCCUGUUGACUACUGAAUAUGUUUCUUUCGCCUGAGCUCUCACCGAAUAAGUGCUGUAGAGGACGGGGGAGUAACAAACCACCUUUUCCCUCCCAUUGUUGACGAAUCUAGUCGUAAUGCGGCGAGUCUUCAUGUAUCGACGAGGAGGUUGCUAAAAUAUCCUUGUGUUAAACUGAUUGCAGCAGUUUUUCCCUUCAUUACUUGCUUUGUAAACCAGCCAAGUGCGUGAACUUCAUGAAGACAGAGCGUCGAACCCCAGGCACUCAAACUGAUAUUUUGGACAGGCUUUGCUUAAAUGCCUACUCACCAAGACCCAUGAAAAGCAUGUUGUCAUAAUAGAGCUCUGCAUCUUAGCGCUGUAUUGGAAGUGCUAGAAUUUUUCAUAAAAUGUCUGUUAGCACAUUUACUUGACAGAAAUCGACU